GCGCGGGGGGCGAGCGCGCGGCUGGCCGGGCAGGACCGCAGCCGGAGCCGAGCCGGGACUGUCGCGCGGGCCCCGCCGGCGAUGCCGCGCCCCCGGGCCGGGCUGUAGCGGGGCCGCGGCCGGAGCGCGCGCCGGGCAGGCCGGACAUGGAGGUGGUGGACGAGACCGAGGCGCUGCAGCGCUUCUUCGAAGGCCACGACAUCAAUGGCGCCCUGGAGCCCUCCAACAUAGACACCAGCAUCCUGGAGGAGUACAUCGGCAAGGAGGACUCCUCCGACCUCUGCUUCCCCGACAUCUCUGCUCCAGCCAGCGCGGCCUCCUUCCCCCACGGGCAGCCUGCAAUCCCUGGCUCCAGUGGGGUCCACCACCUGAGCUCCCCUGGGGGUGGACCCUCCCCGGUGCGCCACGGUCCCCUCCCGCCCCCGAGCUACAGUGCCCCACUCAACUGCAACAACAACAACGGCAUGGGCGCCGCGCCGAAGCCCUUCCUGGGGGGCUCGGGGCCCCCCAUCAAAGCCGAGCCCAAGGCUCCCUAUGCCCCAGGCACACUGCCAGACUCCCCCCCGGACUCGGGCUCCGAGGCCUACUCCCCGCAGCAGGUGAAUGACCCCCAUCUCCUCCGCACCAUAACCCCUGAGACCCUGUGCCAUGUGGGGGUGCCCUCCCGCCUGGAGCACCCGCCUCCACCGCCAGCCCACCUGCCAGGCCCCCCGCCGCCCCCGCCGCCCCCGCCUCACUACCCUGUCCUGCAGCGGGACCUGUACAUGAAGGCCGAGCCCCCGCUCCCGCCGUAUGCUGCCAUGGGGCCGGGUCUGGUGCCCGCAGAUCUCCACCACGCCCAGCAGUCUCAGAUGCUGCAGCACUUGCUGCAGCAACACGGAGCUGAGUAAGGCGGGGGGCCCGCUCCCACACACCCCUCCAAGAAGAGGAAGCACUCAGAAUCGCCCCCCAACACCCUCAAUGCCCAGAUGCUGAACGGGAUGAUCAAACAGGAGCCUGGGACCGUGACGGCCCUGCCCCCGCACCCUGCUCGAGCCCCUUCCCCACCCUGGCCUGCCCAGGGUCCACUCUCGCCCGGCCCCGGCUCCUUGCCGCUCAGCAUCGCUCGGGUCCAGACACCACCGUGGCACCCGCCAGGUGCGCCCUCACCAGGUCUCCUGCAGGACAAUGAUAGUCUCAGUGGCUCCUACCUGGACCCCAACUACCAGUCCAUCAAGUGGCAGCCCCAUCAGCAGAACAAGUGGGCCACGCUGUAUGAUGCCAACUACAAGGAGCUGCCUAUGCUCACCUACCGUGUGGACGCUGACAAAGGCUUCAACUUUUCGGUGGGUGACGACGCCUUCGUGUGCCAGAAGAAGAACCACUUCCAGGUGACGGUGUACAUCGGCAUGCUGGGGGAGCCCAAGUAUGUCAAGACGCCCGAAGGCCUCAAGCCCCUAGACUGCUUCCACCUGAAGCUGCAUGGCGUGAAGUUGGAGGCCUUGAACCAGUCCAUCAACAUUGAGCAGUCGCAGUCAGACCGAAGCAAGAGGCCCUUCAACCCCGUCACGGUCAAUCUGCCUCCUGAGCAGGUCACAAAGGUGACCGUGGGACGACUGCACUUCAGCGAGACCACUGCCAACAACAUGCGCAAGAAGGGCAAGCCCAACCCUGACCAGAGGUACUUCAUGCUGGUAGUGGCCCUUCAGGCUCACGCGCAGAACCAGAACUACACCCUGGCUGCCCAGAUCUCAGAGCGCAUCAUCGUGAGGGCCUCCAACCCAGGUCAGUUUGAGAGCGACAGCGACGUGCUGUGGCAGCGGGCGCAGGUGCCUGACACCGUUUUCCAUCAUGGCCGUGUGGGCAUCAACACCGACAGGCCCGACGAGGCACUGGUUGUGCAUGGCAACGUUAAGGUCAUGGGCUCGCUCAUGCACCCCUCGGACUUGCGGGCCAAGGAGCACGUGCAGGAGGUGGACACCACCGAGCAGCUGAAGAGGAUCUCGCGCAUGCGGCUUGUGCACUACAGAUACAAGCCCGAGUUCGCAGCCAGCGCAGGCAUCGAGGCCACCGCGCCAGAGACCGGUGUCAUCGCCCAGGAGGUGAAGGAGAUCCUGCCCGAGGCUGUGAGGGACACAGGAGACAUGGUCUUUGCCAAUGGGAAGACCAUAGAGAACUUCCUGGUGGUGAACAAGGAGCGCAUCUUCAUGGAGAACGUGGGUGCUGUGAAGGAGCUGUGCAAGCUGACGGACAACCUGGAGACCCGCAUCGAUGAGCUGGAGCGCUGGAGCCACAAGCUGGCCACACUGCGGCGUCUCGACAGCCUCAAGUCCACUGGCAGCUCGGGCGCCUUCAGUCACGCAGGGAGCCAGUUUAGCCGGGCAGGCAGUGUCCCUCACAAGAAGAGGCCCCCCAAGGUGGCCAGCAAGCCGUCAGUGGUGCCGGACCAGGCCUGCAUCAGCCAGCGCUUCCUGCAGGGAACCAUCAUUGCCCUGGUGGUGGUCAUGGCCUUCAGCGUGGUGUCCAUGUCCACACUGUAUGUGCUGAGCCUGCGCACCGAGGAGGACCUGGUGGAUACUGAUGGCUCUUUUGCCGUGUCCACCUCCUGUCUCCUGGCCCUGCUCCGGCCCCAGCACCCUGGGGGGAGUGAGGCCAUGUGCCCAUGGUCCAGCCAGAGUUUUGGAACCACUCAGCUCCGACAGUCCCCUGUGACCACCGGGUCACCAGGCACACAGCCCUCUUUGCUGCUGGUUACCACCAGCCUGAUCAGCUCCGCCCCAGGUCCAGCUGUCCGCAUGUUGGACCUGUGCUUCAGCCACCGCUGCCCUGUAGUCUGCUGCUCCUCACCCACCCGCAACCCUGCCUCGGAUCCUAGUCUUGACUCCAGUGUUAAACCUGGCCAUAGUCCCACCCCCAGCCCCAGCCCCAGUUCCAGCACUAACCACUCAGGCCCCAGCCAGAUGGCCCAGCUGCCAGUUACCAACAUCAGAGCCAAGUCCUGGGGUAUUUCAGCCAAUGGCAUUGGCCACUUCAGACAUCCCAAGGGCAUGGAGCCUGUGGCCAGCCCUGCAGUUCCCUUCCCUGGUGGGCAGGGUAAGGCCAAGAACAGCCCCAGCCUUGGACUCCAUGGCCGGGCCCGGCGAGGAGCCCCCCAGACCAGCCUGGGUCCUGCUCAGCCUACUCAGGCCCAGAGCCAGCCAGAGGCCUCUCUGCUCGCGGACCCCGUGCCCUCCCUGACCUCCGUCCAGGUGCUGGAGACCUCAAUGCCCAUCACCCCCCAGUACUGCGCUCCCGAGGGUGCCUGCAGGCCUGGCAACUUCACCUACCACAUUCCCGUCAGCAGCAGCACCCCGCUGCACCUCAGCCUGACCCUGCAGAUGAACUCCUCCUCCCCUGUGUCGGUGGUGCUGUGCAGCCUGACGUCAAAGGAGAAGCCAUGCGAGGAGGGGUCGUUCCCGCAGGCUCUCCCCACCCAUCGGGACACCCAGGGCACCUCUCACCAGUGGCCAGUAACCAUCCUAUCCUUCCGCGAAUUCACCUACCAUUUCCGGGUGGCACUGCUGGGUCAGGCCAGCUGCAGCUCGGAGGCCCUCAUCCAGCCAGCCACAGACUACUACUUCCACUUCUACCGCCUCUGUGACUGAACUGCCUCCCAGAGCAGCAUAGCAGGGAUUUGGGGUCCUCGGGCCCCUUGGGGGCGCAAUGAACAGUGUUCCACUGGAGCCUGCUGCCUGCCAGUUCUCUGCCAUUCACCGGCCUCCUGGAGACUGGGGAAACUGGAAGUCUUCACACUGGAGCUGCUGUUCCUGUUGGUCACCCUCGCAUGGCACCGAGGGAGCCAGGGAGCCAGAGAGACAGACUUCCUGGGCCUUCCUGCCUGCCACCUCCUGACAGCAGGAUCCACAUCUACCCAGAUAUGGUGGCUGGCUUCAGGGGCCCUGCCUUGCCCAGAGUCCACUCUCCCCUGCCCUUCCCUUUUGAGACAGGGAGUUACUGCUCUUGGAGAGACCUGCCAGGGGCUUGGAUCCAGCCCUACAGGCCCUGACUGGCCCCCCUGAGUCAAUGGGGCAGACAGCUUUCAUCCUUGAUGCUGCUCCCUGGGUACGGCUUUGUAGUGGACUUUUUGGGAUAUGACUGUUACACUGGACUUGGACUUCUAAGCUUUAAGUGUGGCCCAGGAAGUUUUUUCUUCCUGGGAGGCCUUGGCUCCCGAGAACUCCCCGGGCAGCUGAGGCCAGCCCUGGAUGGUCUGGAAAGACUUGACUUUGUGCCUUAAAUCUACUGAGUGCCUGAUGAAGCCACCCUCAGCUCUUCACAGGCCCGAACCAGUGGUGGCCAGGAAAAUCUGGAAGGGGAAAUUCCCUGUGAACCCCCACACCCUGUGAUCCUGGGAGCUUCCCCGGUGGAGUGAGUGACUCCAUCAUUCCCCCUGAGCAGAGGAGCAGGAAUCCCUGCAAGCAUCAGGCUGGGCUGGGCUGGUGGGCAGAUGCACAUAACUUUGGCUGUUAUUAAUGAAAUAGUUACUAAAUGCACUUAAACCAGGGCAGGAAGGAGUGGAAGGAUGGAGCUAGAAAGUUCAGAGUGACACCUGCAAAGAAAGAGGGGUCCUGACUCUGAUCCUUCCCAGGAGGCUCAGAGACAUCCACCCUACUUCACCACCAAAAUUCUGGCUUCUCCCUCAUCUUGUUUGAGGGUAGCCUCAUCUUCCCAUGUCAGAGGCACCCGUGCUGUGCUUGCUCAAGAUGGAGGGAUCCAUGCUCGGCAAGCCCCAGCUCUGGCCUCCUCUCCCAGGAGUGACGCAGUGAGUUUGGAUUAAGGAAAAUGUCAGCUUCUCUUCGUAGUGUCUGGAGCACUCUGGGGCCACAUGUAGGCUCGUGAAAGGAGUGUGGCAGUCAUCUGGCCACAUCCGCCAUAGUCCAGAAAUGGGCCAUCCCUGCCCUGUGCAAUUCCGUCACUUCUUUGGAAACCAGCCUUGCCCCUAUGCUACCUCUCAGCUCUGAAUGGGAGGCCUUUCUGGGGGGAGCUGAGUUCUAGAAGCCUAUGAAUUGCAGGCCUCCUCCUGCUGUGGAUCUGAAAGCACUUAUCCACAGGACAGGGAAGCACCAGGGGGACUUGGGGUUCGCAGGGUUGCCUCCAACCCAGUCUGGCUCCACUCCCCCAUUCCAACACAGGAGUUGUAUGACCCCCAUGCCAGGCCAGGGGCCACGCCCUGCUCAGGACUACUGUGCUCCUCCUCCCACAGGGCAACCCUUCCUACAGUGCCUUAAAACUGCCGCGCCCGCCCCUUGUAAUAGGAUUUGGGGGCCUCCUCAGUAGGACUGUAGCCCUAGUCCCUAACUGGAAAGUGACCCUCCACUGCCCCCUGGAGUCCAUCUGGACAUAGCAUAGCCCCAAUCCCGCUGGCAGCUGGCUCUGCUUCCAUGCCAGGGCUGGGGCUAAGCUGGGGCUCCAAGCUGCUUGAGGGGGUCAACCUUGGACCAAAGCUGCCUUAAGCCCAAGGUAUAAAAGGGCUCCAGGGAAGGUGAGUGGGCCAUCUGCCAGAGGCUGGCUGGUCCUCCCCAGACUCCAGCAGGCCAUCUCGCCCUUCCCCUCUCCCCUCUGGCGUUUGUUCCUGUAGCCACUGGGCUCUUUCCCCCCUAGCUUCAAGCUGUACAUAGAGCCUCCCAGUGCAGAACCCCCGCCCACACCACUGCCCCGUAGCAGCCUGCGUGUGCAUAGAGCGUCCCCUCCCCAGUUAACUCCCAGUCCUGUCCCUGAGCUCUACUCAUAUUUAUCGUACACCCACUGACUCUGAGGUGGGCAGAGGGAAGCCACCCUAGGCCUGCUUGCUUCUUGUCCUCUGAACUGUCCUUUUCUUCCAAAUAUACAUAUAUAAAUAAAUGUAUAAAUACUGCUUUGUAUCUGA